AUGGCGGAACUGAACAUGCUGUUGGUUUUAACGCUGGCUAGUGUAGUCUGCUCAACAGGGGCGUGGAAAUUGGCCCAUGGAGAAGGAAUGCAAUUGCCGGGAAUCAAGGAUAUCCCUCCGAAUGCUUAUUUUCAUGAAGAAUAUUUAGAAAUUCCAUCAUCAAACACUACAGAAGGAAUAAAUGUUGACAUCAGCUCUGUAUUUCCGGGAGAUGUCGCAUGGAUUGAAUCCUCCGAUGGUAACGUUGGGAUUUAUGCCGUUUCUUAUCAAGAAAGACAUGGUUAUACAUCUAAAACGGAACCGGAAAUACAGAUUAAAGCUUCAUUAACUUCCAGGAAAUUGGAAAUUCGGAUUUAUCCCAUGGAUCCCCUUCCACUUAUGUCCUUGCCCCUAAACGGGGCUAAGUUUGUGUCGGUCAACGUAUUGUGUUUAACGUUGGCCGUAAUGGUCAGUCUGCUUGAUCACCGAGUCGGUCUGUUGCUAGGCAUUGUGGUGUCCUGCAGUCUUGUUUCCAGUGUGGAUACGUUCCCAAGGUCAAGUGACGUCAGGUGCAACGUGGUCAUACAUUACCCAAAAAAUAUAACAUUCUCCAACAUCAGCAUCGUGGUUCCAGAGGGAAAUAUUUCCAUUCCACCUAAAGAAAAAAUGAAUCAAUCCGGAGAUGUAUGGUGCUCAACGAAUCACACAGCCACUGGGUGUGCAUUCUGUUGUCACGGUAACGGAUUCUGUGGUCCAGGAAAUGUCUGCACGUGUACAGGAAAUUACGACAAUGAAAGCGACUGUGAGAGUGAAUUGAAGCCAAAGUUCAAAUUAUAUACCGGAAGAAUGGACCCAAGAUUAGCAAGAUUUCAUUCUCUUGACCUCUAUCAGCAUUUAAUCAUAGGCAAGCGUCGAGAUGACGGAGUAGCACGAAUGGUGACGGAAAUAAUGUCACGUGACGAAGCUGGAAACGAGAUUGUGAUUGGUGUCAAAAAGGGAAAGCAGAUCAAAGAUAUUAUUGUUACCGGAAGUGAGAGGAAACGUAUUCAGUGGAUUAAUUCAUGUACUAUUCUUGUGACGUCAGAAAACGAACAUGACUCAACUGUUUUAAACACAUGUGAUACACAUCACGAAGAUAGAAAGAAUGAUACAAAGAAAAAAAGGAAACGAAAGAAAAAGGAUAUCACCAUUUUGUCGAUCAAACAAGAGUCAGUCGAGGCUAUUGUCGAAAAGUCGUCACGAACUGUUGUCGAACCUACCAACGAAAAUGAUUUUUUAUCUGCUAGUUUUAAAAUUUUAAGUAGUGAUGAUAAUCAUGCAAAAUGGAAAAAGACAUUUACAAAAGUCCCAAUUGAUGUCAAGCGUUGUGGCGAGGGAGAUUUAUCAUCUACGGUAUAUGCAAGCGUGUUAGUGAAAGAGAGUGACAGAGAUAUGAUGCCUGUGCUAGAAUAUAAGGCAAUCGCGGAUUAUUAUCCUGGCAGUUUUUAUGUGAAAUUACCUGCAAAACAAAACACAGACAAAAUAUUAUCAAAUGAAAAUGCACAUCCUUUGCGCAUAUGUAAUCACUUCCGAAAGACAGCAAUCAAAGUGUGUCACAAAAAUAGAAGAUUGCUGGCUUCUAAUAUAUCAGAAAGUUGUGCCUCACUUGUUAGUCGGACGGAUAGACAAAAUAUCAGUGAGGACGUGAGGCAGAGUGUUAAAGACACAUGCGAGCGUGGUUAUUUCGCUCUAAAAUCUUACUGUGAUAAUGCAGCAAUGAUAGCUGACUCAAACUUGUGCCUGGAGUUAUUCACGGAACAGGAAACUUUCUAUGUGAGCGAGGACACUCAUGUAAUAUUUAAUGUUGUUUUUCCGGACGGACAUACCGUCCGUUCUCCUGUGUAUAGAUUUAACAGUAGUGCUGCGCAUGUCACGGAAACUGUAGUUUUGAAGGGAAUAAACGUAAUUCCUAAAAUAUUAAACUUUAGCAUCAAUCCCCCUGAUCCUCAUCCAAACCAGGGGUAUGAAGCGAUAAUUCGUUACAAGUGCGUGUCGGACACAACAAAACUGCACAUGCGCGUUGAAGGGGACGAUAGUUACACCAGUGACGUCACUUGUUAUGGAAACCAACAAUGUAAUUGUUGUACGCUUCACGUUGCUGGUGCGACUGCGCAUGUAACAGAUACGGUAAAAAUAGAGUUAUCUGACUCAACUUCCGGUGUAAACAUCACGCAACAAUAUCGCGUGAUGUUCUAG